AUGGAGAGAGGAGUGCCGGGGUGCUGUGAUUUGGAGGAGUUCAAUGUGAAGACUCUUUACGACAAGCUGGAGGAUCAGAACCUCCAUAUAGCCUCACAGCUGGCCCGGCACCGCAAAGACAUACAGGAGUUUUAUAGAAACAUCUGUCAACACACUGAAUCACUCAAGAAUGCCUUGGAGAAUAUGGAUCAUAAAAAAAUGAGCCUCCUUAAAGAGAUAUUAGUUCAUAAAACAAUGAAGGAUGAACCAUCUGGCAGCAGUGUGGGGGAGAGACAUACACAAGCUGAGGCCUGCAUGCCAUUGCUGGGAGCUGUGGUCAGGUCAGUGGAAACUCUCUUAUGCAGGCUGACAGGAGACGCUUGGCAGAACCAGGAUUUGUCUGGUCCCCUGUACAGUCAUACAGGUCAUCACGAUAGCAGAGAGUGUGAGGCGCAAGCUGGAUACAUGCAACCCAAUGACACUAACAUGUGUUUUAUGCAGUUUUCAUCAGUGAAUGUGACCAAAGCAGGAGCUCUUCCACACGAGCCCGACCAUAUACAGAGCACAGCUCCUUCUUUAAGUGAUCAUGACCUGUCCAAGCUUAUCACGAUAUCACCUCUAUUCAAGACCCUGCAGGAGAUUCAACAAUCUUUACAAAAUCUCACCAUGGAUGAGUCAAAACAAUAUUUUAGCAAUGAAGCUGCAGAUAAUUCUGCAAAGGAGAAUUAUGAUGGGCAGCUCAUCCCGACUGCACUGGACAACCUCUCCCCACAGCACUCUGCCAUUUUUCUGUUUGGUUGUCAGGUGAUGCAGUUGCUUGAAAACUGCCCCAUGUUCCCCAGUGCUCUUCUCCUGCUGGCCAAGUCGAUUCCAUUCGCUCCAUCUUCCUCUAAUGAGGGUCUACUGUCACACUGCUCCAGGGACUUUUAUUUUGAUGCGACCAAUCAAAUCCUUUAUCUGUCAGAGGCAAAGCUUCAGCACGUGGGACAUUUCAUCUCUGUCAUCCUGCAGUCAAUGGCCCAGAUAGCAUCUGGAUCCAAACCCCAGAGCUUUAUGCAAGCACUCCAUGAGGCCAUUUCAGCUCUAAGCCUUCAGUUGUUCAAUGUUUCUUUCAAAUGGAGCACAGCAGAGUCCAAUUUCGAUGCGUUGAAGGGGCGGAAUAACACAUUAGUUGAGGAAUUUCUCAACAUUAGAGUUCCCACUGAAGCCCGCUUCACUGAGCACCUAUUAGCUAGCAGACUCAAGAAAUACAAAUAUUUCCAGCUGGAGCAGCUCAUUUCUGAAGUCAAACAUACUCCAGCUCAGGCCACAGACAAAGGUUUACCACCAAAAGGGACACCAGUGCAGAUGUCAUGUAUAGAAGAAGAAAUUGAUCGCAUGAAUGAGUCAUUCUUGCUGCUGAGCACGCAACUACAGAAGAGAGCUGAAGUGAGCACAUGGCUAAAAGAAAGAGAGAACAGCGCUGGAAACCAUUCUGCAAGGGCAACUCCAACAGACAUGCCAAGCCUGAGUCGUAAUGGAACAAUCCUGCUGGAACUGAAGAGACGCUAUGUAUUACAGCGCCUCAAUGAGCUCCAAAUCACAUUAGGCCAGAUCACACGAUGCCAGCAGCAUGACAGCAAGUCGAAAGAUGGGACAAGAGGCUGCACACAAACAGACAGCAGCACCACGCAGCAGGGAGAAAGUGAGAAUUAUGGUAGUACAGAUGGCUCGAGCCCCAACGAUGGCCAGCGGCGGGACAGUAUUUCAGCUAGCCACAGUCACAGCCAACAAGCCGAAGAGAGCAGAGGUCUUGAUAGCUAUAAACUGGAGAGUCAUAUUUCUGACCAGAAGAGUAACACUGUCCAAAGCAACAACCCUGACACGUUAUUGGGCUGCCAGACACCAGGCACUCAAGAUCUUAAUGUUCCAGGAGAGCAAGAGCUAAAAAGGCAGGCUGCAAUAGAGAAUAAAACAAGCUAAACAGAUACUGAUGACAUUUGAGUGCACACCGAUCUGAAUGUGGACAAAUGACCAAGGUUUUUCUCUACAUAUUGCUUGUCAGUCUUUUUUCCUUUUUUGUGCUCACUAAUGUUAGGGCUCGAGUGGCUAUUUCUGUACAAAAUUGUUGUUUUAUUCGAGUAACGAUACAAGUGACCUCUGUCUUCAUUUUGGAGCAUUUUGUAAAAACAAUUCAUCGUUCAGUUCAGUUCAGUUCAUUUUUAUUUCAAACAUAUACAUUCACCAACAUUUCAUAAAAUCAUUCCAUGCAGUUGUUUGAAAAGGAGUAGGCAGAAGUAUAUACUUAUUAUCGUAGUUCAUUUCAAUUAUGUGUGGAUCCAGACAAAAAUAAUUUGCAGCAGCAAGGAGUGGCGUGACACACUCUGUCAGCUUGUCCAAAGAAUUUCUUAGUCAGGAGUUAAUACUGGUCUCUAAGACAGACUGUGCUCAUUACCAUAUUCUAAUUAA